CUCGGCUGCCUGCAACUCGAAGCAUCCACAGAAUGGCAUCCCAAGCCAUCGAGCAUCACCGCAAGGGCGCCGAGGUCUACCACGGAGACGACGUCUGCAGGGAGAAGACGAUGCAGCUGCUCCGAGAGCUCGGCCUCCCCAGUGGCCUGCUGCCGUUGGAGGACAUAGAAGAGGUCGGCUACAACCACGACGACGGCUUCGUGUGGCUGACACAGAAGAAGAAGAUAAACCACAUGUUCGAGGAGAUCAAGCAGCUGGUGUCAUACGCCGCCGAGGUGACCGCCUUCGUGGAGGAGCGCAAGCUGAAGAAGAUAACCGGCGUGAAGGCCAGGGAGCUGCUUAUCUGGUUCACCGUCGUCGAGGUCUGCGUCAACGACCACUCCUCCGGGAAGAAGAUCACCUUCAGGACUUCCACCGGGCUAUCGGAGACCUUCCCGGAGUCUGCUUUCGAGAUCGAUCUCCACGAUUGAGCUCAUCGUUCGACUGCUUUGAUGAUCAAUGCUACACAAUGUAGCAUUACCUUCUAUUGUAUUCUUGGAGAACAAAGAGCAUGAAAUUAGCUCGAAGAUAUUGAAAUUUGAAGAGACAUUUACUCCAA